AUGGCGACCCCUACGCAGUAUCAGGACGAAGUUAACGUCCAGAACUUGCGCACUAUCGAUGGAAUCGGUUGCCAUGACUUUUUCAAGCGCUUCUCACGGCCGCCGGUCGACGUGUCAUCGCUUCGCGAUAUCAUCAUGUUCCAAACCGAUGCGGACUAUACGAGCCGUUUUGAAAGAGUCGACUCUGAUGAGUGUUCUUCUGUCAUGGACAGCAACAGAAGCCAGCCGAAGUUCGCGGAAGUGCCAGUGAUCCGCCUUUACGGUGUGACACGGGAUCAGCACAGCGUACUGGUAAACGUGCGCAAGUUCAUGCCGUACUUCUACGUCGAAAAACCGCAUAACUUCAGGGAGGAGCACAUACCAUUGUUGAUGGACUUCUUCAACAAACACCUGAUGGACCAGCCGGCCUUCAAGAAGACGUGCCGCUUUGUUGUAAACAUCCAAGUGGUUCGCAUUAAACCUCUGAUGACCUAUCAGCCCAACGGAGAGCGCGACUUUUUGAAGGUCACAACAGCGCUUCCGCGUAUGGUCGCCGCACUCCGUAGCUUCUUGGAGUCGGGGGUGGCACUGCCUGUGAUGGAUCUGCCAGGCACUGGAAACACGAUGCGCAUUUCGUUCCCUCGUCAGGUCUGCGAGGCAAAUCUCCCUUACGUUCUGAGGUUUUUGCUGGACGCAAACAUCACAGGUGGAUGUUGGCUGCAGCUGCCAGAGGGAACUUACACAGUGGACAAAAGCAAGAGCAGCCACUGCAGCAUCGAGGUUACGACAGACUUCGAGAACCUGCGACCCAUGCCGAUAGAGGGCGAGUGGCAGUCAAUAGGGCCAAUCAGAACCCUAUCGUUUGAUAUUGAGUGUGUCAAAUUCACGGGACCUGGUUUCCCAAAUGCCACCAGCGACCCCGUUAUCCAAAUCGCAUCCGUUCUUCACACCCAUGGCGAUAAACUGGAUACCGCGCAGAAGUUUGUGUUCACUCUGAACGAAUGUGACGCUCUGCACGGUGCGCAUGUGCUCUGCUUUGACCGCGAGGAGGAUAUGCUCUCGGCCUGGAAGCAGUUCUUUACUGCCGCCGACCCUGACUUCCUAACGGGGUACAACAUCGUGAACUUCGACAUUCCGUACCUGAUCAACCGGGCGAAUGCGCUGCAUCUGGAAAAGUUCACGCAGCUGCCGCGCAUUAUACGCGCCAAUACGAGUGUGCGCGACGUCAUCCAGUCCAACAACAUGCUUGGCACUUACGAGAACAAGGAUAUCAACAUAGAGGGGCGCAUCAUUUUCGACGUCUACGACCUUGUGAGGCGCGACCACAAGCUCAAGUCGUACACCCUCAACUACGUCUCUUUCGAGUUCCUUAAGCAGCAGAAAGAGGACGUGCACCACUCCACGCUAUCAAAGCUGCAGUUGGGCUCGGCCGCCGACAGGCGGCGUAUCGCAAGCUACUGUCUGAAGGAUGCUAUACUCCCCCUACAGCUCAUUGAUAAGCUCUUGCUGAUGUAUAACUACGUCGAGAUGGCAAGAGUCACCUUCACACCUAUCAAGAUGCUGAUCAACCGAGGUCAACAGAUUCGAGUUACCAUGCAGAUCUACAGUCAAUGCAAGUUGAUGGGGUACGCGGUGCCCGUCGUUAAUGCGGCGCAAAGGGCAUGGUCAAAUGAAGGCACUUACGAAGGUGGAACUGUCCUUGACCCGCAGAAGGGGUACCACAGAAACCCUAUUGCGGUGCUCGAUUUCCAGUCGCUAUACCCCUCGAUCAUGAUAGCGCACAACCUGUGCUACUCCACCAUCGUACCUCCUUCCGAAAUCGCCAGGUAUUCGCCGGACGACCUCACGUCAGUGCCGGGGCAUCCGGGGCUGCAUUUCAUAAAGGCGCAUGUGCGCAAGGGCAUGCUUCCCUUGAUUGUUGAAAAACUAAUCGAGGCGCGUAAAAAGGCCAAGGAGGAAAUGAAAACUUGUACGGAUCCCAUGUUGAAAAGUGUCCUCGACGGCAGGCAGUUGGCGCUGAAGAUCACCACAAACUCCGUGUACGGAUACACUGGCGCCUCCAACAGUGGAUUCCUCCCAUGUGUAGAAGUAGCUACGGCUAUCACGUCAUUCGGUCGUUUCAUGAUCGUCAACACCAAGGAGAAGGUUGAAAAGUACUUCACGGUAGCCAACGGCUAUGAGGCCGACGCCAAGGUCGUCUACGGUGAUACCGAUUCCGUCAUGAUCAACUUCGGGUGCAAAGACAUACAGCGAGCCAUUGACCUUGGUGUAGAAGCGGCCACCAAGGUUACAAGUGAGGCUGUGAAACCAAUCACACUCGUUUUCGAGAAAGUGUACCUGCCGCUGCUGCUGCUGGCCAAGAAGCGUUACGCCGGCCUCUACUACACAAAUGCUAAGACGUACGACAAAAUCGACUGCAAGGGUAUCGAAACCGUGAGGCGUGAUUUCUGUCUCCUGGUGCAACAGAUGAUGGAAAAAAUCCUACACAUGCUGCUGGUCGACCUUGACCUGAAAGGUGCCAUCCAGUUCGUCAAGAGCAAGAUCAGCCAGCUGCUGCGCAAUGAGAUCGACAUAAGCCUUCUGGUUGUCACCAAGUCACUUGGAAAGGUCGACUACGACGCACGGUUGCCGCAUGUCGAGCUUGCCAAAAAAUUACGCAACCGAGACCCCGGCAAGGCGCCAACGGUCGGGGACCGUGUAAGCUACCUCAUUGUCAAAGGCACUAAGGGACAGCCUCAAUUCGACCGCGCAGAAGAGCCGUUAUACGUCGUUGAGAACAACAUUCCAGUGGAUACUCAGCACUAUUUGGACGCGAUCAAAUCGACCCUUUUGCGUAUAUUCGAGGUUAUCAUGCCUAACCCAGAAUCGCUCUUCAGUGGGGAACAUACUCGCUACAUUACGAUGAGCUCCACGUGCGACAGUGCGCUCUCCAUGUUCAUGAAGAAGGUCGAACGCUGCCUGGGUUGCAAAAGCGUGAUCAAGGUUCCACCCUUCUGCGACCACUGCAGCAAGACCAAGCAGCAGCAGGUGAUGCUGCAGAAGUUAGAAGAACGCCGACAGAAGGAGGCCGACUACUUCGACCUGUGGUCGCAGUGUCAACGCUGCCAAGGCAGCCUGCACAACGAGGUCAUCUGCGACAAUCGCGAUUGCCCGAUCUUCUACAAAAGGGUUAGAACCGGCAAGGUGCUCACGGCGCUUGAGAACACGUUCCAGACGCUGCAUCUGGAGUACACGUGA